AUGUCCCAUGAAUCAUUUGUCCGACUAUGUGCUCAUUUUAGAGUAAACUACACGUUAAAGGAUAACAAACAUGUGUCGAUUGAGGAGAAGAUGACUAUGUUUUUUAUGAUGAUCGGUUAUAACCAACGUUAUGUGAUUAUCAAGCAGAGAUUUCAACACUCAAAGCAAACAAUUCAUAAGUUUUUUCAUGAAGUAUUGGACAAAACGUUGCUUUUCGUACAUGACAUUAUAAUACCAACUUCUUUUAAUUCAAAUCCAAAUAUUUUGGGACAUAAUAGGAGGCUACGACGGGUGUUCAAGGGAGCAGUUGGUGCACUUGAUGACACUUUGAUAUAUGUUAUUGUCCCUACAAACAAACGAGAUUUAUAUAGAAGUGGGGGAAAAGACGAUUGUUACCAAAAUGUAUUGACAAUAUGUGACUUCAACAUGAUGUUUAUGUUUGUUGUGACCGAUUGGGAAGGAAUAGCACACGAUUCUAGAAUUUUAUCAGAAGCAUUAGCAAAUCCACAUGCACUAUUCCCGCUUCCACCACCAGAUAAAUAUUAUCUUUGUGAUGUCGCCUAUGCAAACAUUCGAGGUUUUAUGGCACCGUACCGUAAUAUGAGGUAUUGGCUUGGAGAUUUCCAUCGAAGACGUGCAUUAACGAAUAAAGAAAAAUUUAACCAUGCACACGCAAAACUUCGGAAUGUCAUUGAGCGUGAUUUUGGUGUCUUGGAAGAAUGA